AUGUUAAUAAAAGCUUUAAACAGGAAUGAAUUAUGGGCAUUAAAAGUUUUGGAUGCUUCUGGAAAUCCAACAUCAUCAUUUAUUUAUGGACAAAAUUUUUGGGUUGGUUCAAGAACAGAAUGUGAACGAUUGAAUAAUGAAUUUCGUAUUAAUGCAAUAAACCCGAAAAAUUCAAAAUUAUCAAGUGAAAAAUCUAAAUUUCCAAUGGAAUAUGUUGUUAUAUUUGCAAAUUAUACUGAUGAUCAACAAUUUACACAAUUUGGAAGGCAUACAGUUGAUAUUUUCUUUUAUAUUGGUGCAAUGAUUUUAGUUUAUAAUUUUCUACAAAAUGAAAAGCAAAUAUUGGAAAUAAAUGAAAAUGGAUUUAUAAAAAAUAGUAUAAAAUUUUUGAGAUUAUUAUUAAAUCGUUAUAUAAGAUUAACACCAGGACUUUUAUUAACAAUGGGUUUAAGUCAUUUAACAGCAUUAUAUUUGAAAGAGAAUUCACAAUAUUAUAUUUCGGAGGAACAGGAUUUAUAUUGUAAGAGUUAUAUAAAUCCAUUGACAAGAAUAAUUCCAUAUUUAAGUGGUAUAUUUAGCGGAAUUGUUUUAAAUUCUGAUAAAUCUGGUAAAAUUGGUAAAUUUAUAUCACAUUAUAUAUUUAUACAUUUAUCAAAAUUAACAUAUAUGAUGUAUUUAUUAGAACCAAUUGUUAUUUAUAUAUAUCAAACAACAACUGGACAAAGAUAA